UACUACCAUAUUCUAGUACACUAUACUUCUGUAGCGUCAUGUGCCAGUGAUUUCCCAGUAUCGCAAAGUGUAUAUUUCCCCUUUCCUGCUUCGAUAUGGGUGCGUUAUCUAAUUUUAAACGGGUGCAACAGUGGGCAACGUUUACACGCCGCUGGCUCCUUUACGACGCGCGAUGGCAGAACCCAUUCCAGUCCGCCGAGAUGAUCUCCGACGUGUUGCAGGGCAAACACAAGCCGAUAUUUUCUCCCACAAGCGACUGCGGGGACCACGUUGUGGUGACGAACUGCAGCGAAAUCGCCAUGCCUUGGUACGAGUGGAAGUACCGCAUGUAUUUCCACGACACACGGUUUGCUGGCGGGCGCUCCUGGACACCGGCAUGGCAAGUGCAGGACAAGGACGCGACAAAGGUUCUUUGGAAGGCUGUGUACAGGGCACUGCCAGGCGACCUGAACAGGCGAACCCGGAUGGCCAGGUUGCACCUGUUCCCAGACGACAAGGUGCCUCGCGAAAUUAUGGACAACAUCUCGGGUCAACUGAGGCAGCUCCGGCGUGCACCUAAGAAGCUCGUCGAGUACUCGGAAGAGGAGCAAGCGAAGUUCCCAAAAGUAUUUGAGUACCCAGAUGACUACAUUAUUCAGUAGCCUAGCCGUCGUAACUGUUCACGCAUCGCUGUAACGGAACUGUUGUGCAAAUUAAAUUGUUCAUCUCGAGCACAUUUUACCGAUUGCAGGCAAUACGUGAAAUAAAGCAGUAUUGUUCACUUCCUUCUGUUGUGGGCUAACCUGGUGCAAAUAGUACUCUCUCCCGCAUGCGAAAUAAACCACCGUGCUCGA